AUGGGCGCCAUACGCAACACCAACCGUGGCUACGCUACAAGGCAAAGCAAAACCAUGAACCACGUGGUUCCAUACAACCAAGGGUCACGUCGUAAACGGUCCGCCAGCUCUCCUUCCAACACGCGAGACUCGGGAUACGGUUCGUUGGAAUCAUGCCGGGAGAGUCACGAAUCCCCAGAAGAAUCUGAUGAGCCUGCAAGUCCCAUUGAGCUUCGCGAGCUGCCCUCCAACAUCAAGAAAACAGGGCGUCCCUUUGCCAACCUGUGCAUGAACUAUGAUGGAAAUUCUUCCGAAGACGAUGAUCAACCCAAGGACGACGGUGAACAAACUCCAAUAACCGGAAGCUCGCCGGAGACUAUCACACGUCCACCCACAAGACUACACAGAAACACAGUCGCUCUGACCGUCAACUACCCUCGCCCACGACCUGCACUUUCUACAUCGCUUUCGUUUGACGCCAGCCCGGCCCUUCCGCGAAGAACUACCAACGGCUCUCCUGGGGCCAGCUUUUCCUGGUCCCGAUUACCAGACCGUUUCAUUCCUGCAAGACCCAGAGAGAGAGAAACUCAGACGGAGAGGUACAGGACUAGGAAGCCAGCGAACCAACUGACCCGAGCCGAGAAGCUUCUGCGGCACAAGGGAGCCGCCGAAGACGCCUUCUGCUCCCCUAGUCGCGUUCCUAGUGCUCCCAUAUUUGGCGACCUUCGGGACCGGGGAGAGCCUGUUCAUCAUGAUGGCAUUAGAUAUGUCCCAACUCCCACUGCUCUCGGACCUAGGGAUCUGAAUGGCACCCACAACGGCGACAGACAGAUCAGCUACGGCGCAGUAUGGGGUGUUGGGGGUCUUGGUCCUGGAAACACCGCUGUUGACAAUGGUCGAGGUCAGCUGGUCACGAGUAGUACAAACGCCAGGCAUUUUCAGUCCAACUUUCCCACACUGCAACCAAGACCCGACGAGCAACGGGAGAAAUACGGUGCGCGCCUUGCGGUGGCUCUCGGCCUGGAUAGAGCCGAGAAGGUACUUAGGGUCAGUCUCCCUCGACAGGUCGAUGCCAACAACCUCAGCUCCCACGGCCUCACCAAAUGGAACGGCGUUCAAUGGCUGACUGCAAACAGAGUCCUCGAUGCUCCCAGCCUACGAGACGACUUUUAUUGCUCUGUCCUGGCUUUUUCAUACAUCAACAGCACCCUUGCUAUGGGGCUGGGUGACAUGGUGUACGGCUGGUCUGAGCACGGUGGUGUACAGCUGUUGAACGGCAGUGCGCGACCCUCGCAGUACGAAUACCUUGACGGACCCAGUCAUAUCACGAGUGUCGCCUUUUCGAGCACCGAAGGGGAAGCAGCUAUCUUGGCUGUUGGAAGGUCGAGUGGCAUGUUGUCACUUAUGUCUUUGAAAGAUAAGCCGGACCGCGGCGAAAGACAAGGGGCAGGCCGAAGACCUCGAUUCGAACUGUCGAUGGAGUCGCCCGUCUCUUGUCUCAGCUGGAGGCCUUGCCUCAACAAAGAAAGGGCCGACAAGUGUAUGCCUCCCGAGGACCGGGAAUCCUUCGCGUACCGGGCUUCUUGGGCCCAUGAGGACUUGCUUGUCGGGACUGACGAAGGUCGCGUGCUCCUGUAUGCGGUCGAUUGGCCAAGUCCGGAGGAGAAGGAGUUGUGGGGCUUGGAUGGCAGAGUAACUCUCUUGCUGAACAUCCAGGUCCAUUCCCAACAGAUCUGCGGAUUGGCUUGGUGCCCCAAAGGGAAUUACUUUGCUACAGGGGCCAACGACAACCUGUGCUGUCUUUUUGACUACAAGGAACUAUGCGACAAUAUGAAUAACGCUGCUGAUGAGUCUGGCUUGCACAGUGAGUCUACAGUCGAGACUGUCGAGACCGACAUUCCUCAACAGGAGCCUCUGAGUGACGACACUACAGGGUCAAGACAGAUGCCUGAAAGCCAAAUCCGAUACAUCAAGUCGGACGGAGUGAAGCACAAGUGGAGGCAUGGGGCUGCGGUCAAAGCCAUUGCCUUUUGCCCCUGGCAGGACGGACUUGUUGCAACAGGCGGAGGAUCCAACGACAAGUGUAUACACUUUUUUCACACCAAAUCAGGCUCAGCACUGGCAACCAUCUCUGUAUCGGCUCAGGUCACCAGCUUGAUCUGGUCCACCACUCGAAGGGAAAUCGCAGCCACGUUUGGCUACGCGUCGCCCGAGCACCCGGUCCGCAUCGCCGUCUUUUCGUGGCCGGACUGUCGCCAGGUCGCGGCCGUGCCAUGGCCCAGUGAGCAUCGUGCGCUGUAUGCUAUUCCCUAUCCUAGUGGUCCCGAGGAGGAGAAGCGGACUGAGAAGGGCUACUUGGAUGAGCUGAACCCCAAGAGGCGCUACAAGAUGGAAGGCUGCAUUAUGGUCGCGGCAAGCGAUAAUAGCGUCCGGUUUCACGAAGUGUGGGGGCGAGACGACAAAGUGGCCACUAUGGGCGGCGUCGGCAUGCUGGGGGGUAGCGACAUCUUGGAGGGUCUCGAGGGGAUUGACAAGGAGGGGGAUGUUAUUCGUUGA